AUGGAUGACUCAGAGGAACUGAUUGGAAACGUGCGCGUAUCCCUGCUCGACCGAUACGGCAACGUCAAGAAUUCAAUGUUCACGGACAAGAACUGGUGCUUCACCAAUGUGAUACCAGGCGACUACUGUGUCCAGGUCAAGCUGCGCGACUACUCCCUGACGAGAUACGAUGAGGUUCACAAUCACUUCAACAACUCAAAGAGCGGCCUAUACUGCUUCCACUUGGACCCCGAUCGCAGCAAGUGCUUCCCAACGCCAUCCUCUAUAUUCGAUGCCAACAACCUGACGAUCAACUCUGGCUGGUUGCCAGACGUCAAGUGCAACAUUGGCGGUUUUGCCUUCUUGGACGGCGACGCCAACGGCAAGUACAACAAGGGCGACAGUCUGUUGUCGGGCAUCAACGUCAACCUGUACGACAACAAUGGCCAGCUCGUCAAGACCACCACGACCAGCGACUCACUCGACGGCUGGACCUUCAGCGAGGUGCCAUCUGGCGACUACUGUGUCAACCUGGUCUCGGCCACGUACACGCUGAGCAGCAAGCAUCCCCAGGACAACCCAUUCGAGGGCACCGGCCUCAAGAACGUUAACAAGUGCUUCCGCAUCAACCGCGAGACAUGCAAUGAGAAGAACACCAUUGGUCUGCCAUUCGACAAGUCGCGCAGCAACUUGAUGCUCAAGUCGGCUUGGCGCGAGAAGACCUACGCGAUCGGUGGUUGCACAUUCUACGACUUUGGUAACAAGGACGACACGUUCUACGUGCCCGACGUCAAGGUCACCCUGACCGACGCCAACGGCAAGACGCUCAAGACCACCGUGUCCAAGGCCACCCCAGACGGAUGGCUGUUCGCCGGCCUGUCCGCGGGCGACUACUGCAUCAUCCAGCGCAGCGCCGACUACAACACCAACCUGGACACGGCCAGCGGCAACCGCUACAAGUACUGCUUCACUCUGAACGAGUCGACCGCCGUCGAGAACAACGCGCUCGGCCUGCCAUACUUGGAGCGCAAGAACCAACAUGUGCUCAACACGGGCUGGGUGUCCAGCCGCCAGUACAGCGUGGGUGGAUUCACCUUCCAGGACAAGAACCGCAAUGGAUUGUUCGAGAUGGACAAGGACGCCUACCUCGCCGGCAUCAAUGUGGCGCUGAUGAGUGUGGAUGGCGCGCAACUGAUGAGCACGCAGUCCAAGGGUCAAGAGAAUGGAUKGGGCGUUCGAGAGAUUGCCCGCUGGAAGCUAUUGCAUCAAGCAAUCAUCGUCCACUUA